AUUCUCCCCAGCAGCCACGGUGACAUGACAGAAGGCACACCAGAAUGGGACAUCAACGACGCCAUCGUACCCGUGGUGGUGAACUUCGACCAGUUCAGCGAGUGGUGUAACGGCCACGUCCGGAAGGUCUACCCAAAGAGCUGCGAGGAAGCCCGUCGACACUCCUCAGGGUGGGCCAUGAGGAACACCAAUAACCAUAACGUGCAUAUUCUGAAGAAGAGCUGCCUCGGAGUAGUGGUGUGCUCGGCGAGGUGCAGACUGCGUGAUGGGUCGAAGGUGCAUCUCCGGCCGGCCAUAUGUGAUAAGGCUAGGAAAAAACAACAAGGCAAGCUCUGUCCCAACCGGCUGUGCAACGGAGGUCGCCUUGAAGUCCAGCCUUGCCGUGGCCACUGCGGGUACCCAGUCACCCACUUCUGGCGACACACAGAAGACGCCAUCUUCUUCCAAGCUAAAGGUGUCCAUGACCAUCCGAGACCCGAGGCUAAGGGUGCCAGCGAAGUCCGACGCUCACUGGGGGCAGGUAGAAGAGUCAGAGGUCUAGCUCUGAUGUUAGCUAGAGAAGCCGCCAUUGCAGAGUCUGAGAAACCUGUCAAAGAGCAGAAGAUUAAUCCUCAUCCACAACCACCUCCGCCGCUCAUCCCUGACAGCCAACGAAGUCUCACGUGCACAUGCGCUCCAUUCGAAUGUUCGUGUCGGUGGCGCGCCGAGCAGCCAGCAGAGGCGUACGCGCCGCAGCCCUGGUCCGCCAUGUCCGUAGAACCUCAACAAUACGCCGCCUACGCCGCCGCCGUUCCCCCCGCGCCGUCACAGUGCCCGCAGUACGACCCUGCGGCACUACCUACCGAAGAAAUAUUUCAUCCAGAAGAAAUAUUCCAGCUGGAUCAGCCCAUACGCCUAGACUUCCCAGCCGAAGACAACACGUUAGAGUCGCCACCCACCUUUGCCAAUCUUAACACUAGGCAAGACGAGAUCUGGUGGGAAUGGCAGCGUACGGGUUGUUCAGAGUCAAGCGAAACUCCUUCGCCGGAAGCCUUCGGCAGUUUCUACCAGCAAGCGGAGGGGUACUGUGAGCAGACCUACAACCAGUACGAUCCUGAGGGCGCUCAAAGCAUGUCACCCGUCAUGUACAGCCAGGAUUGCAGAUACCCGCAGGAUUGUUCCCACGUCGACUACGUGUGGAACUACGAGGGUGGGUACUGCAAUGAGUACCAGGAGCCGGCUAUAAACGCUUUUGGUAGUCUUUUAUAA